AUGGCAACUUGGCUACGUUACCCAGGCAAGGUGGUGAUUGUGACUGGUGGCACUCAAGGGAUUGGUCUGGCCAUUGUGAAAGAAUUUGUUCGCCAAGGAGCCAGUGUGGUCUUCUGUUCACGAGCAAGCGGAGUGGAAAAGGGACAAGCAAUCCAGAGGGAGCUGCAGGCUUCUGAGUGCCCAGGGGAGGCUUUCUACCAAGUCUGCGAUGUUCGGAAGGAGUCAGACAUUAAGAGGUUGAUUUCGGUAACUGUAGAACGUUACGGAUGCCUGGACUGCCUGGUGAACAAUGCUGGAACUGGUUAUUUUGAAACAAUAGAUGAAGUGAGUGCUCAAGACUUCUGUAAAGUCAUAGAACUCAACACUGUGAGCUGUUUGUUAACAUCCAAGUAUGCGCUGCCCUACUUACGGGAAACGAAAGGAAACAUCAUCAACAUGGCCAGUAUCGUUGGUGUCCUUGGGAUUAAGCACGGUGUGUCGUAUGCCUCAAGCAAAGGGGCUGUGAUUUCCAUGACCAAAGCCAUGGCCAUUGAUGAGAGCAAGUAUGGAGUACGGGUCAACAGCAUCUCACCAAGUCACAUCUGGACUCCUUUGACGAAAAAAUUGGCAGCUGAGGCACCAAAUCCAAAGGCAUCCAUCUGGAUAGCAGACAAUUAUCAGCUUAUGGGACGUUCUGGGACCCCAGAAGAAGUGGCAUUGGCUGCUCUGUUCCUUGCCGCAGAUGGUACUUUCUGCACUGGUUUAAACUUGUUGCUCAGUGGUGGAGCUGAACUCGGCUUUGGAAAUAAGAACCAGGUGGAUCCUGAGCCCAAACCAAGUGCUGGUGGGAACUCGUAG